UACCAACUUAACCAGCAGUCCUCCAUUUUUAUUCAGCUGAUGUUUAUUUGAGAUUAAAUAAUUUAGAAGAAAAUCUAAAUAAAAUCUCAAAAUGGGUGCCUCCUUCGUUCCCAUCACCGUUUUCACCGUGCUGUGGGGUAUUGUGGGCAUUGUCUGCCCCUUCUUCGCCCCUAAAGGCCCCAACAGAGGGAUCAUUCAAGUGGUUUUGAUGUUGACUGCAGCCACGUGCUGGUUGUUCUGGCUCUGCGCGUAUAUGGCACAGAUGAACCCCCUCAUCGGACCCAGACUCGACAACGAAACACUCAUUUGGAUGUCCCGUACCUGGGGCAACAAAAUAGCAUAAACGUCAAAAUCUGGCGCCAACCCCAUUUAGCGUAAGUGUUGCAAGUGUCGAGUUGUAUCAAAGUGAAUAAUUAUUAUUAUCUAUCAACAUUUAAAUACAUAUGUAAAUAAAAUAAGUCUACAUUUUGAAAUAAGCUUUGAAAGAAUUCAUGUAUUGCCAGUAUUAAUAAUGUUGUCUGUGGCCGGUGUUGUCACCUCCCGUUGUCUAUGGCCUGUUAAAUAUAUAUCAUUCCAAUUAAUACUGUAGCUUCAUGUUUCAAAUCUUUAUUAUAUUGUAGAUAAAUAAAUUAUUUCCGUUUAAA